AUGCCCGUCGCCGUUCUGUCGAGAUCAUCGGGCGGCCGAGCUUCGCGUGAAGCUGUAGAGAAGCCGCGCCAAGAGAUCACACAUCCAGCGCUUCUAGUCCUGCACACCUCGAUCCCACCUCACUUUCAGCAAGCCCAGCAAAGUCUCGCAAAUCACCGAAAAAACAUCGUCUCUCUCCACCGCAUCCACCAGAAAGUCGCAAGCAUCAUCGAGCCUGCUUCGGAUGGCCGCGUACGACCCAUCGGCGAGAAAGUCUUCAAUCAGGUCUUCUUUGGUUGUCUUGACCGCGUCCUUCCCAUCAAGAAGGGUGUACCUAACGCAGACCGUGUUUGCAAGUUUGUCGCAGGCUAUGUCAUCUAUGCCCAGGAGCAAUUCCGUCUUCAAGCUCGCGCUGACAAGGCUGAGGCACGCAAAGCAGCCGGCGAAGCAGAGGAGGAUGAUGAUGAAGACGAAGAUGAAGAGGACACCACCGCAACUCGCUUCACCAUGCUGCUGCUCAAGCAUUUGCUCAAGGGCUUCGGUUCCAAGAACAAGAACGUCAGACUGCGAUGUUGUGGCUGUAUCGCCCUUCUCAUCAACGGUCUCGAGGCUGUCGAUGAAGACUUUUUCCAGAAAUUGAAGAAGUUCCUUCUCGACCGUGCCAAGGACAAAGAAUCAGCCGUCCGUGUCCAAGCAGUCAUCGCACUCACCAAGCUCCAGUCCACCGAAGAUGACGACGACGAGGACUCCGAGCAGAUCCGGCAAUCCCUUAUCGAGACGCUCCGUUUCGAUCCUAGCGCAGAGGUGCGUCGAGCUGCACUUUUCAACCUGACUCCCAACGAUGAAAACUCUUCUCUACUGCUCGAACGUCUCCGAGACAUUGACCCGAUCAAUCGCCGUUGCGUCUACCUCGGCAGUCUAGCAAUGAUGUUGAAGGCACAAAGCAACGCUCUGCAAGGCGCUGAUUCUGCUCAGGCAGGCCCUUCCCGUCUUGGUCUCGAUAUCGAUGCAGCAGGCGAGGUCAUCCGCAUCGGAAUGGGCGAGCGUGAGCCCAGCGUCAAGCGUGCCGCACAGAAGCUCGUCACUUCGUGGUUCGAUGCCUGCGGAUCUGACCUUGUCGUCUUCCUCAACCAGUUCGACGUCGUAGCGUCCAAGCACAUUGAAGCGGCGCUCCUCACUAUCUUCGAGAGUCGCCCAGCCAUUGUCGCUCAAGUCUCCUUUGACGCCGAUGAGUUCUGGGCCAACUUGUCGCCCUCCACCGCUUUCCUUGCCCGCGUCUUUGUCGACUACUUCAAGCGCACCAAGAACGACCGUCGCCUCGAAGAGUGUCUGCCCAUGGUCACUGCCCUUGCCUUCCGCAUCGAGAAGGAAUACGUAGAGCUGGUCGAGCUCAUCGAGCAAUACAACGCCAAGGCCAACAGCGCCUUGGCACCGGAGGACGAGCUCGAGAUUGCGCUCUUCGUCAUCCGUAACAAGACCUUUGUCGUCUCUCAGUUGCUUGGUAUCGCGCUUGCGUCCGACUACGGCGAUGAGAUCGGUCGACGAAAGAUGUUUGGACUUGUGCGAGACAUGAUCUCGGAUGUCCAGCUCCCCGAGGACUUGGUCCCUACUUGUCUCGAUGUGCUUCUCAAACUCUCCAGCGGCCAGAAGGACUUUAUGCGCGUUAUUGUUGAGACUGUCCAAGUAUUGGGUGCCGAGGACGAAGAUGAGAUGCCUGGCUUCGACGAUGGGGAGGCCGACGAUACUAUGAGCGUCGAAGGCACUCCCUUGGCUCGUAAGGCUCCCCGCAAAUCCAUCAAGAACAAAGACUCUGCCCCGCCAGCACCCAACGCGCUUGCACUCGAACACCGACGCCUCACCAUCGUCCGAGCCAUGCUUGAGCGAGUCGUCGGUGCCCUUCAGGAGAACACGGCCUUCCACGGUUUAAUUCCUCAACUCAUCGCCCCUGCUGUCCGAUCAAAGGAUGGAACCGUUCGCGAGCUGGGUCUCACGUGUCUUACUCUCUGCUGUCUGCUCGAUCGUAAGCUGGCGCUUGACUCGUUCCCUCUGUUCAUCGAUCAAGUUCAACGAGCCGAAGGCACCAUCAAGCUGCGUGCUGUCCAGGCUGUCUUUGAUCUGCUGAUCAACCACACCAUUCCCUACCUUUGCUCGCGCAACCCAGCGGGCGAAGAGAUGGCCAAACGUCAAAUCAUCUCUUACUUGCUUAGCUUGCUCGAGGACGACGAGCCUGCCGUCCAGAGCGCAGCAUGUGAAGGAAUGGCCAAGUUGAUGUUGACCGGAAUGGUUGAGGACGACGAGGCGCUCAAGAGUCUAGUGCUCAUCUACAUGUCUCCAGAGACGAUGGAGAACCAAGAGCUGCGACAGUGUCUCUCGUACUUCCUUCCGGUCUAUUGCGGCUCGUCUAGCUGGAACCAGCGUCGUCUGCAGCGCGUCUUCAUCUCGGUGCUUCAAGUGCUUACUGAGGUAUACGAGGAGAAGGACGAGGACCAGGAGAUGGUGACGCCCACUCAAGUCGGUCUUCAACUUCUUGAUUGGACUGAUCCGGACAAGAUUAUGAUGGGACCUGGUCGGACGCGCGACGAGACGGUUCAUGUCGACGUGGCCAUCGAGUUGAUCAAGGCGAUGUACACUAUCGAUGAGAAGGAUCGGCGCAAGGUUAUGUGCCAACUGCUUGGCAAGGUCUUGCUCCCCGAGGAACUCGAAGAUGCCAAGGUCCAAGAGGUUCUUAUCUUGCUCACAGGUCUCAAGGAGCUCAACCCGGUCGAGGAUACGGUUUCGAAGAACGCAAUCGGUCGCUUCGAGAGUUCGUUCGUCAAGGCAUACGCUGCUCAGGUCGAGGCAGGUUUGGACGGUCUUGACCUGGACUCGACAAAGGCAUUCGACGGCAUGAAGGCUUUCUUUGACGCUAUCCGCAUCGACCCGCAAGAUGUCAUUUCGGCGUAUGCCAAGUCUUCGGCCAAGACGAGCAAGUCUAGCCGCAAGUCGACACCUAAGGGUUCUUGUCCAGCUCGCUCGUCAGCUGCAGCUGGCAGUAAGAAGAGUCGCAAGCGUCAUGACGACAGCGAGGAGGAAAAGGAAGAUGAUGAGGAGCAGGACGAUGGCGAGGACGAGGAUGAUGACGAGUAG